AUGUCGGCUACAACAUCAGAAGAGAAUCCCGACUCGAUCAACUACAUAGGCUUCAAUCAAGACUCUAAAGUUAUAUGCGUGGGGCACAAAGAUGGCUACAUGUUCUACAAAACUGCUGAUAUCCUCGAAAACAACACACUGACAUAUGAAGGCGAAAAUCUUACACAUCUUGGUCUCAACAACUGUCUUAUCAUUGAGAGACUCUUUUCGUCGGCACUCAUGGUAGUUAUAUCUCAGAAGGAUCCACGAGUGCUUCACGUCUAUCAUUUUACAAGCAGAAACAUCAUCUGUGACCACCGUUUCAAUAAAUCUGUCCUCACUGUUAGACUGAAUAGAGACAGAAUCGUCGUAUGUUUGGAAGAUUGCAUUUACAUCUACAACUUGAAAGAUAUGAAAAUGAUGCAUAAUAUAAUGGAUACCCCGACGAACAAACUUGGGGUUUUGGAUCUCACUAGCAAUCCUGGAAAUGCCUUAAUUGCUUAUCCAGGAAGCACUGACACUGGAUCUGUUCAUCUCUUCGAUGCUAUAAAUCUCUCAUCUGUGAGCACAUUCAACGCCCACGAAGGAACUAUCGCGUGUCUAAAGUUCAAUCAGGAAGGCAACAUGAUCGCCACAGCCAGCACAAAAGGAACUGUAAUUCGAGUUUAUUCAGUACCAAAUGGACAUCGGCUCUUUGAAUUCCGACGUGGCGUAACUCGCUGUGUCAAUAUCUAUUCGCUAUGCUUCUCAUCAGAUUCAAAAUACUUGACAUCGUCUUCAAAUACUGAAACAGUGCACGUCUUCAAACUUGAGAAAACGGAAGGUGUUGACAACAAGCCAGAAGCGUCUACCGAAGGUGGUGGAUGGUUCGAUGCUAUCAACAAGACCUUCUCUGCGUAUAUGCCAAGUCAAGUCCUGCAAGUUGGGGAGCUGAUGACGACGGAACGUAGUUUUGCAACUGCCAAGCUUCCAGGAGCCGCAAGGAGUAAUCAAGUAUCACUUGUUUCACAUAAAAACCAGCAAUACGUGAUGGCUGCUACAUCAGACGGAUUCGUAUACGCCUAUCGACUGGAUCCAGAAGGUGGAGAGUUGGAUCUUAUCAAGCAGCAUAAUAUUGGUCCGAAGUCAGACACUAGUCGAGCAAGUCCGACUUCAACAGGAAGUGGAGGCGCGGCAAAAAGUGCCGAAGCAAGCAACCAAUCGGUUCCGAAUAUGGACGAUCCUGAUGACUUCCCACCAAUGAGCCACACCAGCGGCUAAUUCAAUUCAUUCAACGAUCAUCUUCAUGUCCCAAGCAGCCUCAAAAUCUUCAUGUUCGAUCAAUAACCUCGUCUCUUCUUCUGAUUCUUUCUUUCUAUUCCUGUCUCAUUUUUCCAUCUUUGUAUUAUUAUCAUGCAGAUGUACAUCACCAUCCAUCUCACUUUUCUUCUUGUUCUAUCACAUGCUUCUCCCAUUUUCCCUGUAUCUUCUCGUCCCACUGUUUUCCCGUAAUAGCUGGCUAGUCCACGAAAUUCUGAAUAGUGAGUGUGCAUACGUUAUUCACGUUAUUUAAACAAUUUUUAUCACAUUUUUCCUGAAUACUUUUCUUGUUUUGUAAACUCGCCUCACACCUCUAAAACCCCCCGCCUUUUCGUCUAUCGAACCCAAAUUUUUCUCAUCAAAUUUCUGUAUUAUACUUUGGCAUUCUCAUUCGAGUAAAUUUUAUAAUCACAUCGAUUCAUUGUUAUCUUUUAUCAUUCUUUAAUUAAAUUGCAUUAUAACAACCACUUCCAAGAAGAUCCGAGGAAAAAACACCAACGAAUGGGUGUAU